GUGAGAGGGUACCAAAGGGUCCUGCUCAGUUUCAACAUCAAGAUGUUAGCAGAGCUAGUUCCCUCUGAGAGCCACGAGGGAAGGAUCUGUUCCAGGCCUCUCUCCUCGGCUUGUAAACGGCUACCUUCUCCCUGUGUCUUCAUAUCAUCUUCUACCUGUACAAGAGUGUGUCCAAAUUUCGCCUUCUUAUAAAGACACCAGUUAUACUGGAUUAGGGCCUACCCUAAUGAUUUCAUUUUAACUUAAUUACUUCUGUAAAGACCCUAUCUCCAAAUAUGACCACAUUCUGAUAUACUGGUGGUUAGGACUUCAGCAUAUGAAUUUGGGAGGGGGGAACAAUUCAGCCCAUGACAGACGCUUGCUAACACACAUAGUGGUGUGCAUUACAGGAGAAGAACACGGAGUUGGGAGAUUCACCAUGGAAACAAGCCUGUGCUUGUCCAGAGGAUGUUACCUCAUGCCUCAAGGUUGCUUGCUGCAAACACAACUCUGAGAAAAGGGCCUUGCAUUCCUGGCACACAGCAAGGAUGUGCAGGGAUGCUCAGGACUCACAUGGAUUGUGUCUCCCAAGAGCAAUGCUGUCACAGUCUCAGAUCAAGAUGGAAUUGCCACUUUUAUAUGUUAUGAUUUUACUUUUGAACAUUUUUGAUUUUUCAUCAGGAAUAACAUAUAAUAAAGGUGAUACGGAGAAACGCUUUGCUUGUGCUAGCCAAGGGUUCCCCCAAAAGAAUGAAAUAAUCAAGUUGUAUCUUUCCUCUGAUGACUUGAAAAUACAGUGUUUUUUCCAAUCUGAAAUUGAGCUUACUUCAAAGGAAUUUCUAAGCGUGUUCACAUCAGGAGGACUUGCUCCAAGCUUGGGAAUCAUAAAUAGUACAUAUACGGGCAUCUUUCACUUUAAUUUAACCUUGUUCAGUGAUCGAGUUUAUUGGUUGAUUGAUAUUCCCAGAGAAAACAUUACAAAAAAUACAGAUAUUGCAGCUGUAGAAGAAUGGUUAGUAAGGAUCACUUUGCAACAUGGAUUAAAUAUUUAUACUACUGAAGGAACACUGUUGGAUAGUAUUCGAGAACCUAUUCUUCAGUGGAAACUUGGGACUGUAAUGACAAAAAACGACAUCGGUAAAUUAUAUCCACAUGUGGUAGAUCUCAAAACGACAAAGUGCCCAUGUGCUAAUGAUGUAGUGUUACUUGGCUUCAUUAUGAACACAACACUUGAUGGUGUUUACAUAGGCCUCAGCUUUUCUGGAUUUUGGAAUUAUGAUGAUACCACGUGGUAUAACCUGACAGACAUGGUCUAUUCCCAAGUUGGAGAAGAACACACAGAGCUUUCCAUGGUGGAUAUGGUUUUAACAAAUCAUUUUUUAGUUAUCCUCACCUCUUUGGGUCUUUUUAUAAGUGGAGAUCUUCGCUAUCCAUCCUCCUCUGUCUUAAUGUUCUCAAGGGCAGACUUCUGUGGUUUUGAAAGGGUUGACUACAUCAAAGGAAAACUGUGGUAUAAUGAAAGAUGUUUUGCUAACAGAGAAUAUUUUGAAGUUGAUUAUGUUACUAUCACCUUUGAGAGAAACAGGACCCUAAGUGAGGCAAGCUCUUGUUUUUAUAGUAAAGAACCAUUUCUUGAAUGGUUACCUUGCUUACCCCCCAUUUCAAAAGGAAUGAAAACUAUUCUUUCAACUGUGGUAACAUUUCUUGUUGACCAAGAACAAAGUUCUGGAGUCUACCUCUUCCAUAACCAGGUAAAAAAAACCACUGUCUCUGUGAGGAUCCUAAAAAACAACAAACCAAGAUUAAUACAAAAAUUUCCACUUUUCUUAUUUCCUUCAUCAUUUUCUUCUCCUGUUGGAAUGAUAUUCCACCCACGAAGCCAUUUUCUGUAUGCUUAUGGUAAUCAGGUAUGGCUUUCAAUUGAUGGCGGCAACACCUUUGAAUUUAUAGCUGACUUUGAUGAUGAUAUCAUAAAGAAUACUUAUCAUAGUUUUUAUACUUCAGAUAUUACUUUUGUUUCCCGAAGUGGAAAGGUUUACUUGACAAAGGCAGGGUUAGGAAGAUAUAGUAAAAUUGGAUCUAUUUCUGAUAAAAUUUUCACAUUAUACUAUGACCACAUGGGAUUCAUACAUAAACUGACUCCGGAUCAUUUUGAAGCUGGUGGGUCACUUGCUGCCUUUGGAAAUUCUAAAGGUAUUUUUGGACAGGCUCCUGACAUGGGCUUUGAGACUGUCCUUGCUCCACAGUAUAUCACCUUAAAUGAAAUGAUCUUUUAUGCAUAUGUGCCCGAGAAUGAACCGAAGGAAAGUACAUACACCAAGAAAUUCAACGACAUUCACCUUGGAAAACUGAUACACUCCAGGAAAACUGGAACAGCUUACAUAAGAAAGAUAUUGCAACAUAACACUCCUGAAGGAUUUUUGUCGUCAGUUAUUGCAGAAAUUAUAGACCCUUUUGGAAUAGAGGAAGUGCAUGAAAGCUCUUGUUUGUCUAGUUCCCUUUCCAUUAAUCAAGCUGGAACUUUCUCCUAUAAGCUUAGUCUUCAAUUACAAAGUGUUACUUCCUCAUUUCAAGAUUCGGAUAUAGAAAAGACUGUGGUGAUUCCCGGUUACAGCAGCUUCCUGAUCACAAGGAUUUUAGAUAAUGAGAAUGCUUUAGCUAUCGCUACCAUGCCUGAAACAGUACCCCACAAUAUGACCUUUCUAAAAGGCUCCUGGUUCUUAUACAACUUUGGACAAAGGGAUGGACGAACAUGGAACAUACAUUCAAAACCAUGUAAUUACUGGUUUCAACAACAUGAUGACUCACUAUCCCUCAAUGUCCUGAAAUACAUUGAUCUGGGGAAAUCUCAUGCUUUAAAAAUUAAAGUCAUACCUAAUACAAAAGGUGUUCAAACACUUGAAAUCCCACUACUGAAAGUAGUCGUUGGAAACCCAAAUUUGUUGGAAGUUAAAGUUGAAGGCCAUUUUGAUGGCACUGAUAGUUAUCUAAUGGAAAUUUCUGCAGCCAGCAAAACUUUACGUCAAGGUUCAACUUCACUGGCGUUUAUUGUCUGGGGAGCAUCGACUGAGUGUCUUGUUACAACAUUCGUGCCAACGUUGAAAAGCAGCUGUAGUUAUCUCAAGUCUAUGCAUCACAUUCCUAGUGAAAUUAUCCCAUUGGAGGACUGGAUCAGUGGAGUUCACAUGGACAGUCAAGGUUUUAAUAUGAUCAAAGUUUUGCCAAUAAACUACAGGCCUCCCUCUAAUAUGGGAAUAGCUAUUCCACUUACAGAUAAUUUUUAUCAUGCAGAUCCUAGCAAACCCAUACCAAGAAAUCUAUUUCACAAGUCAAAGAAAUCUGGUAAAUUCAAACAGUGUGCAAAUGUGUCUACUCGGGAGGAGUGUAAUUGCACAAAUGAUCAGAAGUUUUCACAUGCUGUUGCUUUCUCAGACUGCAGAGAAAAGGUUCCUCGUUUUAAGUUUCCAGUUACACAAUAUCCAAUUUCUUUGAAAAUUUACAGUGAGGAUGGACAUAUCCCAGUGGAAACUCCAUACCUGGUUACUGUGACUGAAGUGAAUAACAGGGAAAACUGGAACCUAAAACACACUGUGCCAGAAAAUGUAAAAAAAAUGAAGGACUACUUAGAAUCGAUUCUUCAUGCUCCAGUGUAUAAUCCUUUAGGCCUCAACCUAAGUAUAAAGGGCUCUGAGCUCUUUCACUUCAGAGUGUCUGUUGUUCCGGGGGUCUCGUUUUGUAACUUAGGUGAAGAAUUUCAGAUUUAUGUUGACGAAGCCCCUCUGCCAUUUCCAGGACACACACUUAUUGCCCUCGCAGCAGCUGUACUGCUAGGGGGAUUAAUUUUUAUAGCAUUUAUGUUCCAAAUACGUAACAUCCACCCAUGGGAUACAUGCAAAAAAUUGAUUAGGACAAACAAUGUGAAUUCAACAAAUAUUACUGCUAAUUAG